ACGCAACCGAUGAAAGCAUGUUAUCGAACCAAAAUAAGGAACUGCCAAAAUUAAUAGCCCCCCAAGCAGAUGAUUGGAAAUUCAAGAUUUCAUACAUAACAGUCGUUAUUGUGAGCUUCCUGCAUUUGUCCGCGAUAUACGGACUUUAUUUGAGCUUCACAUCAGCUUAUUGGGCCACAAUAACUUUUGACCUCAUCCUCCUGGAAGCCAGUAUGCUCGGCGUGUUGGCAGGAGCCCACCGCCUCUGGUCCCACAGGAGCUACAAAGCAACCCUCCCCCUGCAAACCAUCCUCAUGCUAUUCCAAUCAUCAGCCGGCCAGUACACCGCCCUCAACUGGGCCAAAGACCACCGGCUGCACCAUAAACAUAGCGACACUGAUGCAGACCCUCAUAACGCUGCGAGGGGUUUCUUCUUCUCUCAUAUGGGCUGGUUGCUGGUCCACAAGCACCCGGAGGUCAAGAGACGCGGGGCCAGCAUAGACUUGUCGGAUUUAAUGAGCAAUCCUGUGUUGAUGUUUCAAAAAAAAUACGGCAUCUACAUCAUCACCCUAUUCACUUACGUUCUCCCCACCCUCUGCCCGAUGUACCUCUGGGGGGAGACCUUCCACACUGCCUUCCAUGUCAACAUCCUCCGCACCAAGUUAUGUCUCAACUUCACCAGUCUCAUCAACAGUGCCUCCCACGCGAUCGGGAACAGACCUUAUGAUAAAGAAAUCCGAGCUACAGAAAACAUGGCUGUGACCCUAGCUACUCUUGGCGAAGGAUUCCAUAACUAUCAUCACGUGUUCCCGUGGGAUUAUAGGGCUACAGAACUAGUCAGUAAACUUAACUGGACCGCGGCGUUUAUAGAAUUCUUCGCGCGGAUCGGAUGGGCGUAUGAUUUGAAGACAGUGGAGAAUGGUAUGGUUGUCAAAAGAGCCAAGAGGUGUGGGGAUGGGACUUAUGAAAAAUCGGAAUUAAGAAGAAAGGCGGUUUUUAAACUUUUUAAGAAUGAAUAA